GAAAACAAAAGCCGGCAAAUCCGACAGUUCCACUUCCACGGGUGGCCAGAGGUGGGGAUUCCCACCGACGGGAAAGGCAUGAUCAACAUCAUAGCAGCCGUGCAGAAGCAGCAGCAGCAGUCCGGCAAUCACCCCAUCACUGUGCAUUGCAGUGCUGGAGCUGGGCGGACGGGGACUUUUUGUGCGUUGGGCACCGUCCUGGAGAGGGUCAAGGCGGAAGGAAUUCUGGACGUCUUUCAGACGGUAAAGAGCUUGAGGUUACAGAGGCCGCACAUGGUGCAAACACUGGAACAGUACGAAUUCUGCUACAAGGUAGUCCAGGAAUAUAUAGAUGCCUUUUCAGAUUAUGCCAACUUCAAGUGAAGCCGAAAACUCGCCGGAAAAGAAAGAACAAGAGUUGCCUUCUUUAAUACUUUGUAAUAUUCUGUUUGUUAAUAUCCCUAUCCCCCCCCCCCACACACCACACCCCCCACGCCUCAAAUGUGUAUAUAAUCUUAACUGUUCUAGAAGGGUUGGUACCAUUAAGAUUGCUAUUAAUGAGCUUUGAAAUUUUAUAUGUAGCAAAAAGUGUUAGAUAAAAGAAGGCUGUAGGCACUUUUUCCCCCCCUACCCCCAAAGUUGCAUUGGGGAAUUAAAUAGUGUGAUAUUUGGAUUAAUAUUGUCAGAAAAGAAAAGAAAAAAACACACCCUUCUCUCUCUGGAGAGUUUAUGCAGGCUGGUUUUGUUUUGUUUUAUUUUGUAAAUCUCUUUUUUUUUCCCCUUUGAGGGAGUAAAGCUUUUUAAACACCAAAUGAGAUUUCUUCCUAUCAGCGGUUUCUUUGAAAAGAAAAGAGUGGCACACCAAUAACAUUU